GGCUGCUUCUCCGCGACUCCACCCCUCCUGCAGACGAAGGCAUGGCGAGCACCGAGGCUAGAAGGGAGUGUGAGACGGAGGGCUGCAACAAGGACGCCAAACUUCAGUGCCCAACAUGUAUCAAGCUUGGUAUUCAAGGCUCCUAUUUCUGUUCACAGGAAUGUUUCAAAGGGAGCUGGGUGUCUCACAAGUUGCUGCACAAAAAAGCAAAGGAGGACAAGAACCUGAAUGAGUCUAAGAACUGUGUGGAGAAGGACAUCAACACAGACCCAUGGCCAGGCUACCGCUACACAGGAAAACUACACCCUCACUACCCACUGACUCCCAUGAGGCCCAUUCCCGGUGACAUCCAAAGACCUGACUAUGCUGAUCAUCCCCGAGGGAUAUCUGAGUCAGAGCAGUUUCUGAAGGGGACGUCACAGAUCAAGAUCCUGUGUCCUGAGGACAUUGAGGGCAUGAGAGUGGUGUGCAAGCUGGCACGAGAAGUCCUGGACAUCGCAGCGGAGAUGGUGAAACCUGGUGUCACAACAGAAGAAAUCGACCAUGCUGUACAUCUGGCCUGCAUAGCAAGGAACUGCUACCCCUCCCCUCUCAACUACUACAACUUCCCCAAAUCCUGCUGCACAUCUGUCAAUGAAGUCAUCUGCCAUGGCAUCCCAGACAGAAGACCAUUACAAGAAGGAGAUAUCCUUAAUGUGGACAUCACCGUUUACCACAGCGGUUUCCAUGGUGACCUCAAUGAAACCUUCUACGUCGGCGAGGUGGAUGAAGAAGCAAAGAAACUGGUUCAGACCACAUAUGAAUGCCUUAUGCAAGCCAUCGACUCAGUGAAGCCUGGCAUACGCUACAGAGAAUUAGGUAACAUCAUUCAGAAGCACGCUCAGGCCAACGGCUUCUCUGUGGUGCGGAGCUACUGUGGCCACGGUAUCCAUAGACUUUUCCACACUGCUCCCAAUGUGCCACAUUAUGCCAAAAACAAAGCAGUUGGAGUUAUGAAGCCUGGCCACGUGUUCACCAUUGAACCCAUGAUAUGUGAAGGUGGCUGGCAAGACGAGACAUGGCCUGAUGGCUGGACGGCGGUGACCAGAGAUGGGAAGCGCUCAGCUCAGUUCGAACACACCCUGCUGGUGACGGAGACCGGCUGCGAGAUCCUCACCCGCCGCCUGGAGGACAACGGUCGCGCUCAUUUCCUAAACCAAAUGUAGUCCGGACUUGAACGCACUAAGGACUGGACUUUCCAGACACAGACACCCAGCACCUCUGGGCCUCUCACACACACACACACACACACACACACACACACACACACACACACACACACACGUCAAAUGAGGCACCACUGCUAGAGCUCAGUGUAACUGUGGCUCUCGUUGUUCUUCGAAUUAAAUAUCGGUUCCUCAAAGUAAAUGGAAGUACUUGAAUGUGUCUUAUAUCCAACGUGGAUUGCUUUAUUAGUGAAAACUGUGUCCUCUGAAGGAAAUAUGAACGUAUUUAUGAGAUUUGGUUUUGCUUAGUAGUCAAGCUUGACAUCGGGCCUUUUUUGACCUCUGGAUCAUGUGAACCAGAGAUUUUACUGGCUGGCUAGUUGUUGUCUGUGGUGUGUGGAGCUCAGGGCAAAUCCAACUAGUACGCCAUGCUCCGCUUCUUUUUUUCCUCAGCUUCUGCUAACUUAAUCAGACUUCAUGUGAAUAUCCCAGAGAUGGACUGAAAAGACUCAGCAAUACUAGAGACAGUGGAGGGUAUCCUGGAAACGGGGUCAACAAGUCUCACAACCUCAACAACCAGCGACUCACAACAGCAAAUAGAAAACACCAGAGCCAAAAACGUAUUUCAUACAAGUUUAAAUUGAAGGCAACAAAAAUCAUCCACUUGACAGUUUUUAUGCAGACAAAGCAAAGAUUAACGGCAGACACAUUUAAAGAAGUAGUUUGAAAUUUUUGGAAACAUACUGUCACUUUCUUGGCCAAAGUUAGGCAAGAAGAUCAAAACCACUCUCAUUUCUGUCCCUUAGAUAUGAAGCUACAACCAGGAGACAGUUAGCUUAGCAUGAAGACUGGAAGCAAGAAAAACAGCCAGCCUGGCUCCAUUCAGAAUUGGAAAAAAAAUAUAUAACCACCAGCACCUUGAUUAAUCUUGAUUAUUUUUGGUGUGUGUUGCCGAGAGUUGGAGAUGUCGGUCGUAAAGAUGUCUGUCUUCUCUCCAAUAUAAUGGAACUAGAUGGCACUUGGGUUGUGGUGCUCAAAGUGCCAAAAAAUACAUUUGAGAAACUCAACAGCAAUGUCUCUUUCCAGAAAUCAUGACCCAGUUACUCAAGAUAAUCCAAAGACCUUGUGAGCAGUUUCAUGUAGGAACUAUUUUCUUUCUACACCCACCAAUCCUAUCACAGCCUAGAAGGAAGUAUGCAUCUACUGCUACCUCACCUUGCACCACUGAGCUAAUGGUACAGCUCAGACAAAAGGACGCCAUAAAUGUUUACAUCUUGCACUGUCAUGAGCACGAGCCCCUCGUCAAUGAGUAGAUGCACGCUUCCUUCUGUGCAGUGGUACGGUUGCUGGAUGAAGUUUCGUUCCUGCACGAAACUGCUCACAACAAGGUCUGUGGAUUAUCUUGAGUAGUGUUUAUUCCAGUCUUUAUUCUAAUCUGGGCUGAGCUAAACUAACCUCUCUUGACUGCAUCAUCAUAUUUACUUAUGUGUUGAAUUUUGCUCAUCAUCUUACGCAAAAUUAGCAUUUUUCCAAAAUACUGAACUGAUUUCUGUACUGGCUUUGAAAGAAAAAUAGUCAGUAAACAUUUAGUCUAUUGCUUCAUGUCAGCCUAUAAUUAUAGUACCAGAGGUGUGUACUACGAAGCAAGUUUGACACAGCUAGACUUUUGUUGUGUUAGCUGGCUCGUCAAAGCCUCCGAUUAUACCCAUACCUUGCUGUCGGCUCCUUGAAGCGAUAUUGUCUGACUCCCAGAUCUAAUAAACACUGCGGCACCCGGCUUAACGCAACCCGCAUCACCAUGUUUCUUUUUGUCAAAUUUGUCUGACCUAGCAACAGUAACUAAGGGGGGUGGCACUUAGGACUGGAUUAUGUUAUGCUAUGUGCGAUUUUAUAGAAGACUAUAGGCUAUUUUAGAGUGUUGCAAAUAAUCAGGGGGGGACACUACAAACAACAACAACAACAAUAACAACAACCCUGCAAAUAAAACAAAAUGGUGGCACUAAUGUGACAUUGUGGCUUAACAAGUUUGUAUAUAUAAUGUAUUCCUUCAGCUGAGAAUCUGUUAUCACUCAUAGAUUAACGAUUGACUAUGCCCAAAAGAGUUGAUGGUGACGGGAUUUCAAUCUGAAACUUAACCUGCUCCAGACCAGGUUAGGUCAGCAUCGGCACAAGUUACCAUGGCGAUCUAGCCAGUGUAAAAGAGAGCCACCUUCAAAGCAAUCACAUUGCCAAAAUAUUUAGGUUUUUGCCCUUCUUCCAAAAAUGACAAUAUUCCUACUAAGUUGUUUACAUGGCUAAUGAAAAUGUGUAUUCCACUGAUGAUUCUGUUUACAUGCAGCUGUGCGUGCUUUGAUUAAUGUGCCCUAACAUGCUGUUUUACAAAUCAAAAUACAGAACAGUGGAGCUCCUCGAGUUGCUCGUGAUUUUGCUUUUUCCUUUGCUUACUGGUGGCGGACUUGUCCGAUCAUGCAAACAUAGCCUCUUUCCUUCCUGAAAAGAGCAGUGUUGGGAUAUUUGCACAUAUCCAAAAACCUGUCUUUGUCAUGUCAUCUCUAUACUAUCUCUACACUAGCCCUGCAACCUGUUGUAAAACCCCAAUUGAGACGUAUAUCUAAACGGAAUGUGCUGUUUACAUGUCGUGCGUGAAGUUCAGAAUAUUGUCAUAUUUGGAAUAAUAGUGGAUUAUUGGUGUGCAUGUGAAACCAACCAAACUCGCUAACCCACUAAUUUGGCCUCAGAGUACACACCUCUGGUCCGCUAUCACGGUCUUAUUUACCUGCUGAUGUGUCCAGCACAAGCCCUCUACUUCAGUUAUUAUAUCUUGACUGUGGCUAUUAUUAGUGCACACACAGUUUUCCAGUAGAUUACGUCAGCCAUGGUUGCUAGGAGAAUUGUGACGCAACCACAGAGCAUCUCCAUUGAUAUCCAGAAUGAGAAUAACGACAUUGAUCACAAAGUCGUUGAAGUGCUGAGCUUGUUAAUCCUGCUUUAAGGAAUAUUCUUUUGAGUGUCUCAUGUUUCCAAUAGCCCUGGUGUAGCAAAUUGAGCCUUAAUGUGUGAACCUAGGAGUUAAAACUUGCCGGAUAUCUCGAGGCAUGUUAAUUGAUGUUUCCCCUUAUCUUGACAGUCACCGUUUACCUUGACGUGGGGAGUUUCCUGGUGUGAGCAGCAUCCAUUCUUUCUACAUUUUCAGAGGACUAAUGUGAUCACAGUUUCUCUGCCAUCUUUGUAUUUCUUCUAAUGGAGUAAUAAAUGACUCUUCUGUA